ACCUUUUGCACCGUCGCUGGACACCUGUCGUCUUUUUUCUCUCUUUUUAUCUCUGUUUGCAUUUGGCACCGGGGAAACGAGGAAAUUUAGGACGCACUUUUAUGUGCGCUGUAGGUUUUCUUUACUUCUUCCCCACGAGUUGUUGGGGUGGAGACGAUAUUCUGAUCGAAGGGCAUUCUUUCGGAAGAAGAUGACACGAAUAGCGAGUGUGAGGGUGUUUGAUUUUCGGAAGGAUUGUGUUUUUUGAGUUAUUUAGGGCAGAUCAUGGGAGCUGGCAUUUCGAAAGUUUCAUCAUUCUCUUGGUUGCUGUGUCAUUGAUCUACCAGACUGGACCUCCAUAAGAAUAUUGUCCCCUAUGCUUGAACGACUGCUUGGUUUUCUUUUUUCCCGAAGCUUCUGUGCUCGACUGUAAUAUUUGUAAUGAUUUAAGAGAUGAAGCCUUGGUAAUGCUGAGAAGCUAUUAUUAAAGAGGUGUAUGAUCGGAUCUCGGUGCUUACGUUCUAUUAGGAUUUUCUUCUCCGGGUAAAAUUUUAAGGAACACCGUGAAGACGCAGAACUGGAUAUGGUAGAUAUGUCCGGCCAAUGAAGAGGAGGACGAAGGGAGGUUUGAGAAAUGAAGGGAUGCGUGAUUUGUAAAGUUUUUGGAGGCCUUUACUUUGCGAACUUCUACUGGCAAGUUGUUGAAGAGAGAAAUUUAGUGAGGGAUAUUGAUGGAGGAGAGUUCUCCCGUGCUGGCUCUUCAUGUUAGUGUUAGUAAUUCGCUCUUCUCUAGUCCAAUGGAGGAUGCCCGUUUCAAACUGAUGGCUGAUUCUGCAAGCUUGUUGUCUGAUUUAGAAGAAGCUAAUUUGAUUUCAGAAGCUUCUGUGAAUAGUAUUUCGCUCAACAUGGAAGUACACAAUAUUAGGGAACUUGUGACAGGAUGUGAUACUGACGAUCUGGAAUCAAGGGCCCUAGCAGGAUGUGAAGAUGAGGCAUCUGUAGUUUGUAUUGAUGUGGAACAGCUGGUGGAGAGCUCCGGCUUGGCUAUCCGAGAUGAUGGCAGCCUUAUAACUGCUGCAGAAGAGUUGUUGGAUGCAGAUACGGCCUUAAUUGGUGUUUCAGGUUGCAUGGAAGCUACUGUGAAGAGCAUCAUCACUGGUGUAGAGAUAAUUGCGGGCUCUUCUAUCGGAAAAUUGAGUGCAAGUUUAGUAAGCAUAAGCUCAGAGACCGAGGAUUUGAAAGCAGCGCGAUUUGCUCAGAUCAACCUACAUGAAGGCCCGGUAAAUAUAAGGGGUAGGCGGAGUGUCUUUGCCCUGGAUUAUACUCCUCUUUGGGGGUGCAUGUCUACAUGCGGAAAGAGACCUGAAAUGGAAGAUGCCGCUGUUGCUGCGCCAUGGUUUCACGAAAUUCCACUUAGCAUGCUUACUAGUGUUGCAAUGGUGGAUGACAUCAGUAUGAACUCUGGCUGCUUGCCUGGUCAUUUUUUUGGAGUUUUCGACGGCCAUGGUGGUGCUCAGGUUGCUAACUACUGCAAGGAUCGCAUGCAUUUUGCAUUAGUUGACGAGAUAAAGAAUAUAAAUAAAGGUGCCAUUGGCAUUGAAGGCUAUAGUUGGCAAAAGAAGUGGGAGAGUGUCUUCAUCAAUUGCUUUCAAAAAGUAGAUGAUGAGGUGAGUGGGGCGGUGGGUAGAAGUUUAGAAGGAAGCACAUCAAAUGCCUCUUUUGAUGACAAUGCCCAUGGUUCUUCCAUUACUUUAGAAGCCAUUAUUCCAGAGACUGUUGGAUCUACUGCUGUGGUUGCUGUUAUCUGUUCAUCACACAUUAUUGUGGCAAAUUGUGGAGACUCGAGAGCUGUUCUAUGCUGUGGCAAACAAGCAAUACCUUUAUCUGUAGACCAUAAACCGGAUAGAGAGGAUGAAUAUCAAAGGAUUGAUGCAGCAGGAGGCAAAGUGAUCCAGUGGUAUGGGUCCCGUGUAUUUGGUGUUCUUGCAAUGUCAAGGGCUAUUGGGGAUAGAUAUUUGAAACCAUGGAUAAUUCCUGAGCCGGAGGUCGUCAUCGUUCCUCGUGCACGAGAAGACGAAUGCCUAAUUCUAGCCAGCGAUGGAUUAUGGGAUGUUAUGUCCAAUGAAGAGGCCUGUGAGGUUGCUCGAAAGAGGAUUUUGCUGUGGCACAAAAGGAAUUCUGGCAUAACUUGCUCAACGCGAAGGGCUGUAGUGGCGCAUCCUGCCGCGCAAGAAGCUGCAGAUUACCUCUUGAAACUCGCACUUCAGAAGGGUAGCAAGGAUAACAUCACUGUGGUUGUGGUUGAUCUCAAAGCACACAGGAAGUUCAAGGGCAAAACAUAAGUAGGUAACUUUUCUCGUUUUUUUAUUCUUCUGGAACUCGGGUUUACUAUAUAGCCAGUAAGUUUUAAAUUUUUGCCCAUUCUGUCUUUUUUUCGUUUGGGCUGUAAAGUUUCACUAGGUAUAUUACUAUUUUAUGCUGAUAUAGGACGGCAAUUAUGAUGUAUGAUUUGAGUUUUUACUCACCAUGCGUUUGGUGAUGGAAAUUCAAAUUCUAAUACUGGUGUUCAGCUCUUCAUUGUAAUUGAUAUAAAUUAUGCUUGGACAUCUUUUGUAUAUCUUUUAUGAAAAUGUAUGUUUAAUUCGACAUUUUACUAUUCAUAAGAGUC